GAAGAGGGCGUGAAGCCCAAUCGUAGCGCCAUUACACUUUAGGGCAAAGAGGUUAGGAAGCCGGCAUGGCGCUCUGGUCAAUAAAAUCGAUAGCUGGAAACUGCCUGUGUUUCAGGCAAAGACUGUGCGGUAGCAGCGCCGCCAUUUUCCCCAAAGGCAUCUUCCAGUGCCUUGCAACCAAGUUUGGGAAAGAGUUUUAUGAAUAACAGAGCAAGGUUUCUGUUAGCCCCAAAGGCGGCGGGCUCCCAGCCACACUCGACCCUCCGCAGUCUCGGGGUCCAAUGGCGCCGCCUUCGGUCCCACUCCCCGCUCGGGGACCAGGCCAGACCGGACCCAGCCAGAGAAAGGGAAGGAGGCCGAGGGCCUUGAAGUUCGCAGACGUGGCCGUGUACUUCUCUCUGGAGGAGUGGGGGUGUCUGCGGCCCGCGCAGAGGACCCUGUACCGGAACGUGAUGCGCGAAACCUACGGCCACUUAGGCGCGCUAGGAUGCGCAGGUCCCAAGCCAGCUCUCAUCUCCUGGUUGGAACGAAAUACUGAUGAUUGGGAACCGGCUGCCCUAGAUCCGCAGGAGUACCCAAGAGGGGUAACAGUCCAGAGAAAAACCAGAACCAGAAAGAAAAAUGGAGAGAAGGAAGUCUACCCACCUAAGGAGCCACCCCGAAAGGGGAAGCGUGGGCGGAGACCCAGCAAACCCCGGCUGAUCCCAAGGCAGACAUCUAGUGGCCCCAUCUGCCCUGACUGUGGCUGUACCUUUCCUGAUCAUCCAGCCCUGGAGAGCCACAAAUGUGCCCAGAAUCUGAAAAAGCCUUACCCUUGUCCAGACUGUGGGCGUCGAUUUUCCUACCCAUCCUUGCUAGUCAGUCAUCGGCGGGCACAUUCUGGUGAGUGCCCCUAUGUUUGUGACCAGUGUGGCAAACGCUUCUCCCAGCGCAAGAACCUUUCUCAGCAUCAGGUGAUCCACACAGGGGAAAAGCCCUACCACUGCCCGGACUGUGGUCGCUGUUUCCGUAGGAGCCGGUCCUUGGCCAACCACCGGACCACACACACAGGCGAGAAGCCCCACCAAUGCCCUAGCUGCGGGCGCCGCUUUGCCUACCCCUCCCUGCUGGCCAUCCACCAGCGCACACACACUGGAGAGAAGCCCUACACCUGCCUGGAGUGCAGCCGCCGCUUCCGCCAGCGCACUGCCUUGGUCAUCCACCAACGCAUCCACACAGGUGAGAAGCCCUACCCCUGUCCAGACUGUGAGCGGCGCUUCUCCUCAUCCUCCCGCCUGGUCAGCCACCGGCGUGUGCACUCCGGGGAGCGUCCCUAUGCCUGUGAGCACUGCGAAGCCCGCUUCUCCCAGCGCAGCACGCUGCUCCAGCACCAGCUCCUGCACACUGGAGAGAAGCCCUACCCUUGCCCUGACUGUGGCCGUGCCUUCCGGCGGAGUGGUUCCCUCGCCAUCCAUCGUAGCACACAUACUGAAGAGAAGCUACAUGCUUGUGAGGACUGUGGCCGCCGCUUUGCCUACCCUUCGCUGCUGGCCAGCCACCGUCGUGUGCACUCAGGCGAGAGGCCCUAUGCCUGUGACCUUUGCUCGAAGCGCUUUGCCCAGUGGAGCCACUUGGCUCAGCACCAGCUCCUGCACACUGGGGAGAAGCCGUUUCCCUGCCUGGAGUGUGGCAGAUGCUUCCGCCAGAGGUGGUCUCUGGCAGUCCACAAGUGUAGCACCAAGGGCCAAAACUGUAACCCUAGAUCUACUCCAGGGGGGGCCAACCACAGAGGCAGUACCCCUUAGAAUGGGAAGAAUUUUAAGUUCCUUUCUUUUCAUAUAAGAGUCUAGAAAAGGGAAGGAGGCACCCUGGGUAAUAUAGCAUAGAGUCUGAACUAAAACCCAGGUCUCCUGCUCCACACACCUGUCUUUAGUCUAUUCCACCACUCUGGCUGCCUUACUGUACAUGUCUAGAGUAGUCCCAUUAGGAGUGGUGACAUCAUUUGGUUAAAGUUUUCCAAACUACCCUAUCCUAAAAUACGUGUGUCGAUAUCAGAGCUAAAAGUUCUCUCCAUCUGUUUUAGGAAGUAUGUACUUUUCUAGUUUGUGCAUAGAGGGUUUCUUGUCUCCUUGCAUGCAAUCAGGAAAAUCCCAUUGUAGGGGCAGGACCUUUUCCUCUGGCUCUUCCUCCAUACCAACAUUAAAAAAACCUAGGUUAGUCCACUUUUUACAACAUUCCUGCCACGUGAUCUAUUGCUUGAAAAUAUCCCUUGACAUGGAGGUCAUAUUCACAAUGCAGGUCAUAUGACUUGUGGGAUAGUGCUGCUCUUUAACAGGUUAAGUACCACAUUCUCAUUCUCUGUACACCUGGCCUCAAAUUAUGUUUCAUACUUCAUCUGUGUGGCAGCCUUUCAAAUAACUUAUUCACAGCUACUCAGCCCUCAAGUUUCCUAGAUAAGCAGCAUUAAUUUUGUCUUUUCCUUUUGAGACCGCACACAAAGUGGUCUUGAACCAAAACUCUCCUUUCUCAGCCUCCCAAAUACCUGGGACUAGGCUCUAGUCAAUCAUCUUUUUAAAGAUAAGAUUUCAUUUCCCACACUUGAGCUAUCUCCAAGCAGGCACUGUUUUUUUUUAGUGUCCCUUUUAGAGGCCCAUACAAAAUAAAACAGCACUUACAGCAUACACUUUACCCCUUCUUUUCCUGUACUUAACAGCUCUGGAUUACAUUGGGGUGGGGGGUAGCUGACAUGUGAAAAUGCUAAGUCUUCACAUGGUAUUUGGAAAAGUAGUUCAAGGUAGGUGUGAGACAUAAACAGUAAAUUUUGGGAGAAAUGGGUCUUAAGGAAAGGCAGGGGACUUACAGUCUAGCAAGAAGACGUAAAAAUGGGACUGGCUUAUUGUACUUCAUUUGGUGGACUUGAAAUGAUUCUAGAUGUUUAGUGGCUGGAGAAUCCUUGAAAGCUGGGUCAUAUUCCUCCCUGUUCUUAUUAAAAUAUAGCAGAAUUAGCACAGAAACUUCUAUGAGGCCUCAGCCAAUUUUUUCAUGAACUAAAAUGAGGCAUUCAGAUUGGCCAGAGAGAUAGGUAAUUGAAUAUAAAGAAGAGUCUCAGCAAAUUAUCCAUGCUUUCGUUUCGUCAAAGCGCCAAAGAGGCCACCAUAGCAGUAUGUCUUAAUCAUAUCAUGCCACCCGAGGAGAUAGGUACUCAGUAAAGCAUUACUGAACUAAAAGUGAACAAGGCCUACCACUUUGCCUUGGGCAGCAGCACCAAAUUAGAAUUUCCAAACAUGAUGUAUCUCAUUCCAUCAGCUGCAGUGUGUCACCCUACACUGGUUACUGCCUCUUAUAGCUCUCCUGUUCUUAGCCCCAAAGUGAGGAAGUAGCUAGGGAACACAAGAUUUUGUAAUGACAUCACUUUAGGUAUUUAGCAAGUUCCAUUGUAACUUUGUCUGUUUCUCCUUAGAUGAUGAGCUACUCCUUGGACAGAGGGCAUACUGGAGUGAGCCUCAUUAAAUGUCUGAUGAAUUAUG